UCUACAUUUCUCUGGAAACGCGUUUGCUAUCGCGCGUUAAAGUAACUGCAUCAGGCGUGUGUGUAUAAGUUCUUGAAAAGAUGGCGGGCACGGGAGAGACAGGGCAUCGAGUGAGGAAUGCCGAGGAUCGAGCCCCACCAUGUCUUUAACACAACCAUUGUGUGUGCAUGCCGUUCAGCCAGCUAGCUACUCAGCGGGCUAAUUUGAAAUCAUCCCGCAAUGCAUCCUUCGGCCCGCUUUUUCCGCUUGAUACAACGAGAAAAAAACAGCGCAAACAAAUACAGCAAGCUCUGCGUUCACGGAUCGAAACGGCUGCGCGUGAAAGAAGGUUUUGUUACAUUGUUGCAAAGCGCCGCUCAUCAGCUCCACUCUGUCAGAGGAGAUCCAGCUAGCCACAUUCAGCUGUGUUUUCCCCCAAAAAGACCAAUAUACAUCACCUAAACUGAACAUAAACUUCGAUCGGAAUGCGCUAAACUUUAUUCAGAAAAGCCAAAGCUGGGAGAAAUGCGUACUCGUCGUCGACUAGUCGAGUAUAAUAAAGAAAAAGCAGCCCCCAUCACAAGAUCCUGAAGUUGUCAUACACACUGCACAUGCGCGGUGACGCGCGAGUAAUUUCUAUUAGGCUCAGCAAGUGCCCCGAAGCGCCUUUUCUGCCCGCUUGUAAACACAGUCGUUUGGAGCGACCUGUUUGAGCCCAAAAGUUUGCUUCAGAACCCGCCAAGCCACUUAAUUUGAGCCACACAAGGUGCAGUGAUGGCAGAGGAGAAGAAGCCGAACACAGAAACACAUAAAACACAUUCAGCGUCAUCAGCAUCAUCAUCAUCAUCCAAGUCUGCUGCCGUGAAGCCAAACUACUCCUUGAAGUUCACCCUCGCAGGUCACACAAAAGCUAUAUCGUCAGUCAAAUUUAGCCCUAGUGGUGAAUGGUUAGCCAGUUCAUCGGCAGACAAGCUCAUCAAAAUAUGGGGCGCUUUCGAUGGAAAAUUUGAGAAGAGUCUCGCAGGACAUAAACUUGGAAUAUCAGACGUAGCCUGGUCUUCAGAUUCAAAUCUUUUGGUGUCUGCGUCAGAUGACAAAUCACUGAAGAUCUGGGAUAUGAGUUCGGGAAAAUGCCUGAAGUCACUGAAAGGCCACAGCAACUACGUCUUCUGUUGUAACUUCAACCCACAGUCGAACCUUGUUGUCUCCGGAUCUUUCGAUGAGAGCGUACGGAUCUGGGAUGUCAAAUCCGGGAAGUGUCUGAAGACCCUGCCAGCACACUCUGAUCCCGUCUCGGCGGUUCACUUCAACAGAGACGGAUCACUAAUAGUGUCCAGCAGCUAUGAUGGUUUAUGCCGACUUUGGGACACUGCGUCAGGACAGUGUCUGAAAACUCUCAUAGAUGAUGACAACCCUCCUGUCUCAUUUGUGAAGUUUUCUCCAAAUGGAAAAUACAUUCUAGCUGCGACACUGGACAACACGUUAAAGCUCUGGGACUACAGCAAGGGAAAGUGUUUGAAGACAUAUACUGGACAUAAGAAUGAAAAGUAUUGUGUGUUUGCCAAUUUUUCUGUGACUGGAGGAAAGUGGAUCGUCUCAGGCUCUGAAGACAACAUGGUGUAUAUCUGGAAUUUGCAGACCAAAGAAAUUGUUCAGAAAUUGCAAGGGCACACAGAUGUAGUGAUCUCGACAGCUUGUCACCCUACAGAGAACAUCAUUGCCUCCGCAGCCCUGGAGAACGACAAGACCAUCAAACUGUGGAAAAGUGAUUGUUAAGUUAAAGCACUGCACUUCAGAGGCUUUAGUGGAAACUUCAGAAUGACGGCUUUCAGUAGCGUCUGUCUUUUACAGUGGUUUGAUAGCACUUAGUGCAGGGUUAUUAUCUGAGAGAUGGGCAGGUCCUGUCUGCUCCCAAUAAUUGACAAUCUCACUCAAGCCUUUUUCCUCUUAAUAUACUCUAACAAUGUAAAGUUUUCAGUUCAUUUUAAUUUAUUACUGAAUAACAAAUGUUUUUUAUCAAAUCAUUGAUUCAGUUGUUUUAUUUAUCUGGUUGGGUAAAUAUGAGUGUUCGUAUGCUAAACAUACCAAAAAUGGAUGAAUGUUUUUAUGCAAGACACUUUUUUGGUCUUUUUUUUGCCAUCAUACAAUUUGCAACAUGUUUUGCAGUCAUUGGUAAUUCACAUAUUCAAUGCACUUAGGAUUUUCAAAUUGUUUCUAAACAUUAUUUCCACUAUUUUAGCCGAAGGAAAAUUUU